AUGGCGUACCCAGACACCUUUGAAGGAUUUGCCGUCACUGACACUGCAAAAUGGUCCACAACCAAGAAGAUAGAAUUCACCCCAAAAAGGUUCCAGGAACAUGAUAUCGAUGUCAAGAUCCAUGCCUGUGGUAUCUGCGGGAGUGAUGUUCACACUGUUUGCGGGGGAUGGGCAAAACCAGACCUUCCCGUGAUCCCAGGACAUGAGAUCGUUGGUGAGGUUGUUAGAGUGGGCCCAAAAGUGAAGGGAUUUGAAAUUGGGCAAAGAGUUGGUGUUGGAGCUCAAGUUUGGGCCUGUCUAGAGUGCGACACAUGCAAGGAUAACAACGAAACGUACUGUCCUCAAUGGGUGGACACUUACAAUGCCACUUAUCCUGAUGGUGACAAGGCAUGGGGUGGUUAUUCCUCUCACAUCAGAGUCCACGAUCACUUUGUAUUCCCUAUUCCUGAUGAACUUCCAACUAAUGCUGUGGCCCCAAUGUUGUGCGCUGGUAUCACCACGUACUCUCCGUUGGUAAGAAAUGGAGCUGGUCCAGGAAAGAAGGUGGGUAUCAUCGGAAUUGGAGGGUUGGGACAUUUUGCCAUCAUGUGGGCUAGGGCUCUUGGUUGCGAAGUGUACACGUUUUCUAGAACACAUAGCAAGGAAGCUGAUGCUAAGAAAUUGGGAACUGACCAUUUUAUUGCGACGUGGGAGGACAAAGACUGGGCCAAGAAGAUUGGCAGAAAGCUGGACUUUAUCAUUUCGUGUGGAAAUUCGGCCACGAACUUUGAUAUGGAUGGUUACCUCAGUGUGCUGAAGGUUCAUGGUAAACUCAUUUCCGUCGGCCUUCCAGAGGAGCCAUUCACGCUGUCUGCUGGAAGCUUUAUCAAGAACGGUUGCUACUUGGGAUCGUCCCACUUGGGGAACAGACAGGAGAUGCUUGAUAUGCUGAAACUUGCUGCUGAUAAGGGCAUUGGUUCUUGGUAUGAGGAGCUCCCAAUCUCUGAGGAAGGGCUGAAGGAAGGACUGGAGAGAUGCCACAACAAUGACGUUAAGUAUAGGUUCACCCUGACCGGUUACGAUAAGGCAUUCAAAUAG